AUGUCGCACUCUCACUCGACGCAUGGUCGCGAGGCUCAACCGCGAGCGUCGCGUUCGUCGGCCCGGCCCUCGUUUUCAUCGACCAGAACGGCAUCCAGUUCUAAUACGCUGACUUCGGCAACGGUUGUGGAUUAUAAUUCCACGGAGGCUUAUGCUGGGGCAACUUUCGAAACAGUGCCCAGCUCGAUUGUUUCGUUCCAUCACCCGCAUUCAUUCGCAAGUCAUCGUUUGGAAAGUCCUGGAUCUACAAACGAUAUGCAAGGACGUGCUUCUCGUGAAACAGAGUCAUUACUUUCGGGCCCAAAUUCUUUCUCCAGAUCUAGGGCUUCGUCGCGGACGCGAAACUUUCGCUAUUUUUCAGAGGAGGAGAUUGAGCUCGCUGAAGGUGUCUCUUCUACUUUGGAAAGUGCCGAUUACGAUGUGAAUUGGGAUGGAACUCCAACUUAUGAACAGGAACGACUUCAUUAUGGGCAUACAUCUAGCAGAUCAUCAGUACGCAGCACUACAGGCCACUCAUUAGCCUCAUUCAGAUCUCGGUCUUCAACACGAUCCAGGGCUUCCCCGCUAGAGAACUCCGCUGCUCAUUCAAGACACGGCGGGGAAGACGCCAACGAUACAAUUCUUGGAACUUCUCCUCACUCCUCUUCCAGCUCUUCAAGAUACAGUUAUAGAAAUAGAAUCCCUGCCCAAGUUGAAGAUGAAGUGGAUCGGAUUUCAAUGCAUAGUCGUCACUCGUCCGAAAGCAGUGAAAGUGGACGCCGGUUUUUGAUGGAUGACGAUCAAGCCUCUGUUCAGGAUCAGACAUCAGAUCGCAAAAAAAAGAGCUCCGCGUAUCAUUCCGAGUUUCUGAAGCCUGAGUAUCACGACAGAUUUUAUUCUAACCAUAUUCCUCAUCUGCAUGUUCAAAGGUUCUACAUCGCAGAAGAAGACUUAGUGGUAGGUAUUGCGGGAUUCAGAACAUCGAAGGUCGGUCUCUCUAUCUAUUACUUCCUGAAUGUUUUGACCUUGGGACUUUUCUAUCUAGUCCUUCGAUGGGUGUCUCGUUACAAGGUAUCACUGUGCGGCAAAAAAACUGUUUUAGCCAAAGCUGAAUGGGUGGUGGUUGAAAAUGAAUUUGGAGAGCUUGCGGUAAUUACAGUUUCAAGGAGGUGGUACAAUAGACCACUAAGUACUUUACUCCCUACGGAGCGUGGACGCGAAAGCGAAUUGUCUCAAAAUCAUCGUCACCGCUAUCAUCAUGAAAGUGAUGAAAACCCUAAUAUUCCCAUAAUGAUUCACUUUUCCUACAGAUACUUCAAUCUUAUCUACACGCCUGUGGAAGAUGUUUUCAAGACGAACAGUAAUUGGACAGAUCCAGACUGGCUCACUCUUAAUGCUGAUGAAGCAGGUUUAAGCACUUCCGCUGUUGAGGAUCGGGUCUUGGCAUUUGGAAAAAACAACAUAAAUCUCAAGCAGAAGACAACAAGUCAAAUUUUGUUUGACGAAGUUCUUCACCCAUUCUAUGUUUUCCAAAUUUUUUCCAUCUUUUUGUGGUUGGCGGACGAUUAUUACUACUAUGCUGCCUGUAUUUUGAUAAUUUCAAUCCUGUCAGUUACAGAUACGCUAUUGGAGACCAAAAAGGCCUCACAGAGACUAGCAGAGAUAUCGCACUCUCAUGCAGAGGUCAGGGUUUAUCGCGAUGGCUUCUGGGUCCAGAUAAACUCCUCUGAUUUAGUUCCUGGUGAUAUCUACGAAAUUUCUGACCCUUCACUCAACUCAUUCCCAUGCGACUCUUUGUUACUGACCGGUGAUUGUAUCAUUAACGAGUCCAUGUUGACGGGUGAAUCUGUACCAGUGACUAAAAUCCCUGCAACGGACAACACAAUAGCUCAGUUGCUCGACGAUUUCCAAAAGACGCAAAUAUCCAGCUUUUUGGCCAAGUCAUUCCUUUUUAAUGGAACUACCAUCAUCAGGGUUCGCAUCUCCAGUGGGCAAUCUACUGCAUUGGCUAUGGCUGUAAGAACCGGAUUCUCUACCACAAAAGGCUCUCUUUUGCGCUCUAUGAUUUUCCCGAGACCAACAGGCUUCAAAUUUUAUGAGGACUCCUUCAAGUACAUUGGGUUCAUGGGACUGAUUGCUAUGGUGGGGUUUUCCGUGAGUUGUAUCAACUUCAUUAGAUUGGGACUGCAGUAUAGAGUGAUGGUUUUGAGGGCCUUCGACAUCAUCACUAUUGUCGUUCCACCUGCCUUACCAGCAACUCUUUCUAUCGGCUCUAGUUUUGCGAUAGCCAGACUGAAGCGCAAGGGGAUAUUCUGUAUUUCACCCACGAGAGUCAAUGUGGGCGGCAAAAUUGAUGUCAUGUGUUUUGACAAAACAGGCACUUUAACUGAAGAUGGUUUAGACGUUCUCGGUGUCCAUGUGUCUAUGCCUCACAAUCAACACAGCUUGAGAUGUGGAGACCUUGUCGCAAACGUGCAAGAUUUGUUCUCUAAGUUUUCUCUGAACGAUUGUAGCUCACCAUUGGACUUUAAAUCUAGGAAUUUCUUAGUGUCCUUGUUGACGUGCCACUCGCUUCGUUUAGUUGACGGAGAGCUUUUAGGAGAUCCUUUAGAUUUCAAAAUGUUCCAAUUCACCAAUUGGUCCUACCAAGAAGACUUCCAGGAACAGAGCUUUCAUUCUUUGAAUGAGGAGCGAAAUGAUAAAAGCACUCUUCCGGAGAACAGCGGAAUCGCCCCAGCCGUUGUACAUCCCAAUUCCGAUGACCCCAACAACAAAUUUACCGAGAAUGAUCCGCAUAAUCUUUUGGGUGUAGUUCGCAGCUUUGAGUUCCUGUCUGAACUGAGAAGAAUGAGCGUAAUUGUCAAACCCUACGAUGACAAUGUUUUUUGGGCCUUUACUAAAGGAGCACCAGAGGUUAUAUCUGAAAUCUGUCAUAAGUCAACAAUGCCUUCAAAUUACGAUCAACUCUUGCAGCACUAUACUCACAAUGGGUAUCGUGUGAUAGCUUGUGCGGGCAAAACUCUCCCAAAGCAUACAUGGCGGUACGCUCAAAAAAUAACAAGAGAGGAGGUGGAGUCGAAUUUGGAGUUUUUGGGAUUCAUUGUGUUUGAAAAUAAACUUAAAUCUGCUACCAAGGGAACUCUUUUGACUUUAAGCCAGGCAAAUAUAAGGAAUAUCAUGUGCACUGGUGACAAUGUUUUAACGGCCAUAUCAGUUGGUCGGGAAAGUGGGCUAAUUACUGAAAAGCAUGUUUUCGUCCCAAUUAUUAAUGACAAUUUGAGUCCAAAUCAAGACUUGAUCAUAUGGCAAGACGUUGACGAUCCUGAGCUAUAUCUUGAUGGUAUGACGUUAAAGCCGACAAACGGGAGCUUAGACUACACGGUUGCUGUGACUGGUGACGUGUUCAGGCUGCUAUUCAAGAAUAACGAGAUUUUGCCAGAGUCUUACAUUCAUGAAGUACUCCUCAAAAGUUCGGUAUACGCGAGAAUGUCUCCGGAUGAAAAGCACGAGUUGGUGGGUCAAUUGCAAAAGCUCGACUAUGUGGUUGGAUUUUGCGGCGACGGGGCAAACGAUUGUGGUGCCCUGAAGGCUGCUGAUGUCGGUGUGUCUUUAUCAGAGGCAGAGGCGUCUGUAGCGGCUCCUUUUACUUCGAAUUCAUAUGACAUUAGCUGUAUGCUCAAUGUAAUCAAGGAGGGCCGCGCAUCACUAACAACUUCAUUUUCCUGUUUUCAGUACAUGAGUCUUUACUCUGCUAUCCAGUUUAUCUCUGUGACCAUUCUUUACAGCCGUGGAACAAAUUUGGGUGAUUUUCAAUUUUUGUACAUCGACUUAUUUCUGAUUGUACCGAUAGCGAUAUUCAUGUCAUGGUCGAAACCCUAUGAUAAGCUCGUCAAAAAAAGGCCAUCAGCAAAUCUAGUUUCACCAAAAAUUCUGGUACCGCUGAUAACAAAUAUCUUGAUCAUUUUGUUUUUUCAGAUUGUGCCUUGGUUGAUCUGUCAACGGAUGAACUGGUACCAGAGCCCUGUUGUGGGAGGGGAUGACGCUGUACAAUCUUCUGAUAAUACUGUCCUGUUUUUCUACUCCACGUUUCAAUACGUGUUCACGGCUGUUGUACUGUCAGUUGGCCCUCCAUAUCGCGAGCCGAUGUCAAAAAAUGUCGGAUUUAUCACGGAUGUCAUGGUCUCACUGGUCUUGAACAUCAUCUUGAUGAUGGUUUCUGCGAACGGGUGGCUAGGCCGUGCUUUCCAACUGUCAGACAUCUCGGGCAAGUUUAAGAUGUUUUUGGUGGUUUGGGCCAUUAUAAACUAUUACGUUCAGUUGACGUUGCCCGGGAAAUGUAAAAAGAUGCUAAAGAAGAAAAGCAGCAGCAAAAAGUACAAGAAUAUUUUGAGCAACGAGAAGUUAGAAGGUGUAUAA